AUGCCGCAACCAUCACGAAAGAGAAGGAGGCUAGACGAUACGACUAGACAGGAAGUUUCAGACCUGAUGUCACAAAUGCUUCAAACUAUGGUGCCGAACAUUGUUGAAAUGGUUAUGCAGAAAUUAAAAGGAGAGAUGUCUCAACCACAAACAGAGCAAGGACCUACCAGCGUAAGCAGCGUUGAUGGACAUCAAACAAUAAAUGUGGAAGCAACAGUCAAUCAAGAGGAAUCUACUCAACAAAGUUCUAGCACUGUAGAAGUCUUAUCAAGUCAACCGUUGACUACCAGUGCACAAGGUAACACAUUAAACACAACUGGCCCUUUACAUUCAGGUCGUCCCUUGGUACAAAGUGUGGAUAAGAAAUUAAAGGCAAAAAUUUGGGCAGAAGAAUAUGUUCAACUUGGUGCGCUUUUGUUCAAAAACCCUUAUUCAAAAUUGGAGGCAGUACAAGGGGAAAAUAACGAGAUAACCUUUCAACAUAAAGAACAAAAGUUUUACAUAAAAUCAAUUACGCAAUGGAUAAAUGCUUUUCACAUUUUUGUGUCUAUUUACUGUGAGAAAUUUCCUAAUCAGUCUUCAAACAUGAUGAAGUACAUGGCAAUUGUCCAGAAAUUGAAUGCAGAUGUUGGAGAAAAGGCUGCGUUGCAUUAUGACGAGCAAUUUCGGCUAUGGAGAGCUGAUAACCCAACCCUUAUGCCCUGGCAGCAGAUCAACCAGGAACUCAAUGCUGAGGCACUUCAACUUGGCCUAAAGACCAAAAUUCAGACUUUGGAGAAAUCAUCAAAAUCUAACAACUCCUAUUUUUAG